GACACGCUGGCGUGGGGCAUGGGCCUCCUCCUGGCCAUGGCCGCCAGCAGUGAAGAGGUUAGUUACCCAGCCCAGGUGGGGAUAAAUGCAGACAUGGGGCUCCCCCACUCUAAGGACCUGCCCAUGGCAAUGGCUGCAGGGAGAGUCCUGCUCAGCUCUCUGCUGCUCCUGUUGCUGCCGCUGGGCCUGCACUGGGGCCCUGUUGCUCAGGGGGCUCCAGUGGCAGAGGGAGACUACUCAUCUGAGCAGGCAACAGAGACCAGAGGGACCUGGAGGACACAGCUGGGUGCCCACCACCCCCGAGCCCGCCUGCGCCGAGCCCUGGCCAGCCCAUGCCAGCUGUGGAGCCUUACCCUGCCUGUGGCAGAGCUGGGCCUGGGCUAUGCCUCGGAGGAAAAGGUCAUCUUUCGCUACUGCGCUGGCAGCUGUCCCCGUGGAGCCCGUACCCAGCACGGCCUGACACUGGCCUGGCUGCGGGGUCAGGGCCGAGCCCACGGCAGGCCCUGUUGCCAGCCCACCCGCUAUGCCGACGUGGCCUUCCUCGAUGACCACCACCGCUGGCAGCGGCUGCCCCAGCUCUCAGCGGCUGCCUGCGGCUGUGGCGGCUGA